AUGGAUUCUUCAGCAAAAGAGUUUAUAGAUGAUAUCAUGGAUGAUUUGCAGGUGGAUGCCGGUGAUGUCGGUGAUUUCGAUGGAGAUGGUCAAGAGGAAGAUGAGAGUUUCAAAUUGGAUUUCGAUAUCGAUGUUUCAUCGUUGAUGCCAAAUGCCAACUUUCAAGAGCAGAUGAUGGAUUUGGAAGAUGUCAUCAAUGAAGAUGAUGAAACUGAAGAUGAUGACGAUGAUGAUAGUUUUACUGAUGAUGACAGUGAACUAGAAGAUGACGAUGAUAAUGAUGACAAUGAAGAACCAACAACAUCCACUCCCUCUACCACCACAACGACAACAGCAACAGCAACCUCUGCCAAAAAACUAGAUUCCACUCUCUCACAGUUUAAGAAUCUAUCACAACAGAAACAAGAUAAAAUAUUAAACAAAGAAGAUGAACAGUUUGAUAUCGAUAGAAUAUCAAAACUAUCGAAAGCUGCCAAUUCAAAGAAAUCGAAAUCGUCAUCAGCUGGUGGUAGUGGUGGUGAUGCUGAUGCUGAUCAAAAGAAGAAACAAGUUAGAACAAGUGCAAGAUCAAGAGAUUUAUCAAGAUUACCAAAAGAAACAAAAGAUUUGAUUUCACGUGGUAUGAAUCAAUAUACGAAUGGAGAGUUGAAAGAAGCGUUUCUUACUUUCCAAGAGGUGAUUCGUGUUUCUCCAAGAUACCCGCGUACCUACACUAUGAUGUCACUGAUCAAGAAAGAUGAAGGUGAUCCAUAUGGAGAAUGUGAUUUCCUUUAUAUUGCCGCUGAAAUCGGUGAGAAUUUACCGGAUCUUUGGAAAAGAUGUGCUGAUCUAUCAAAAUUCGAAUGUUACACAGCAGUUGGUGCAGGUGCUCACUGCGAUGGACAAGCUCGACGAAGCGGUAUCACUGAUGGAGUCGAUCAUCAACAAAGAGCUGCAACGAUCGCGUGCCGAUUUCUACGAUUUGGAUUUGGAUUCUUUCAAUUUGAUUCUGGAGCUCUACAAUCGUGCGCGAUACUUUGA